AAUGCAAUAUUGUGCAUCGAUAUUCUUAACUACGCUGAAUAAGACCGUAUGUCGACUAACACAGUUCAAUUAAUAUCUUAAGCUUACUCAGGGAAUGCAUUGUAUGCAUAAUUAGAUAAACAAACGAAUGAAAGCUAAUAAAUAAAGUAGCGUUGUCGAUACUUAAGCGGUAAAAGUUCAAAAAUAUCUAAAUUCUAUUUUCGUUUGCAUCUCGUUAAUUACUUUGACGUAUUUAGGGCGUGUGUGAUUCGUGUCAUCGCGAAAUUUAGACGAAUUUUUUAACGGAACCAAGUGUAAAAACAAAAUUCAUCAUUAUGUGCGCAAAAAUGGCUUUUCAACAUCAAGCGGGUACUGCGAUGGAAUGCCUGAGUAUACCUAUAACUUUACAUAAAGAAACUGAAGUUAAUGAGAAUGGAGAAGAAGUUAUGAAGUGUGGCUUUAAAAUUGGAGGAGGAAUAGAUCAAGAUUUUCGAAAGAGUCCACAAGGCUAUACAGAUAAUGGUAUAUAUGUAACUGAAGUUCAUGAAGGGUCACCAGCAGCUAAGAGCGGUCUUAGAAUGCAUGACAAAAUUCUACAGUGCAAUGGAUAUGAUUUCACGAUGGUUACUCAUAAAAAAGCUGUUUCUUAUAUAAAGAAACAUCCAGUAUUAAAUUUAUUGGUAGCCCGCAAAGGUGUAACCAGUACUUAAGUUGGACCAAACAAAAAAUAAAAGCUAAUAUUUAUUUCAUAUUUCAUUUUGAUAAAGCUGAUUCAUUUGAGCAUCGUGUCAGAUAAAUGUCAGAUAAUGAGCAACGGCAUAAAACUCAUCAAGGUCAGUGUUUUCAAGAUAAUGUAUCAAUUGACUUUAUCUGUAUGAUAAAAAAAAAACUUUUGACGAUCAAAUUUAACAAUUUUUGACAAUGUGAAAAUUGUUUUAUAAUAUCAAACAUCAUCAUAUGAGAUGUACUAAAAUCACUGAGUGACACGGUGCAAUGUGAUGUUUUCCGUUUUCUAAAGACUUUAUUUUUGGUAACAAUAAUUUAGUUAUAUUAUAUAAUCAUGAAUACUUUAAUGGUUAAUAAGUCUCAGUAUCAGGCAUAAAAUUAAUUAAAUUUGACUGCACUGUGGAUAUAAUAUCGAACCAUUAGAUCAAUGCGAUUAUAUAAACAUCCUGUUAUAAUUUAUUGUUAUUGAUGAAAAGUAUGAAUUAUAUAUACACUAUCUGAUGUGCACCAUUAAUGUUAUUAAUAGUAUGAAUUUGAUAUGUUAAAAAAACGUUAGAAUUAUACUAUGAGUAUAAUGAAACAAAAAAAAAUUUACAAAGAAUUUUAAAGAAUUUUCAUAACCUAAAAAGGUGCCAAAUUUUCAACGUAUUAAAAAUUUCUUAUUACUAUAAUUAAGUAAUAUACAACAAAAGUUAUUAUAUCAAGAGAUAUUAAUCUUAUUCUACUUAAUUUUAUAAGUAAGACAAUUAUGAACACAAGUUUUGAGCAUUAUCUUAUACAAUGAUCCACGAUUAAAAAUAUGCCUGAAACAGAACAAACAAAGGCCAAAGCGUUUCAAUAGAAUACGAACUUAAUGCAUUUUUUAAACAAUUUUGAAAUUUCUACAUAAAAAUUAUAGUAUCCCUAUUAUACUAUGAGAGACGAUUUCAAAGAUCGUUUACAAGAAAUAUAAUGGAAAUACUUAUAAUACAAUUUUAUUAUGACUUACAAUUUUACAAGAAUGUGAUUAAGUAAUAUAUGAGAUUUAUUAGACAAGAAAUAUUAGGGUGCAUGUAAUAGCGGAAUUUCUAAGCAUUUCAUAAAUUAAGAUAACUGUUUUUUUUUUUUUUUUUUUGUAGUAUAACUACAUUAA